AUGUUUCGGGAGAUCGCCGUACUCUUAGCCGUUGCUACUGUCAGCUUCGGGUCUCUUUUGGACGGCGAUUUAGACAUAGCAGACGGUGUUAAGUUAGUCAGUAUACCAGUGUCGAACAGUAUAGAGGAUGAAAGCAGAUCUUUCGGGAACGCACCGCUAUUCCGUAUAGCAAAGUUUCUUCAAGAACACGAGCUUCACGUCAAACUGCCAAAUCUUAUCGAAAAAGAUAAAGUCAGUCAAUUUUUCGAGGAAUCGCUAAAAAUUGUGGAUGAAUCCUACAAAAACAAUAAUGUUACUGGUCGAGGCAAAGGUGACGGUGGUGCCGGCAGUUUGGCUCUCCUUGGUUUAAUGUUCGCGAAAACGAUGGGUGCCGCUGGUAUCGGCGGAUUAGGUCUACUGACGAUGAAGGCUUUAGCAGUGUCAGCUCUUGCACUGAUGCUGUCGGCCAUCGUGGGAGUUAAAAAACUGGCCUCCAGCGACGACCACGAAGACCACCAAGUCAUAUACGCCGGGCAUCAUGGUCAUCGAAGAAGACGCGACUUGACUGACACACCACUCCCAUACAGAGGCUGGACAAAGUACAAACAAUCGUAA